GAGGGCAGCAGAUCUGAGUCAUGCGAGAGUGGAGGACGCGGCUCGGGGCCCGGCGCAGCGUGGGGCUCCCCAGGCCCACUGGGGGGCCCAGCCCCGGGGGUGCCAGCCCUGCCCCAAGAUCCAGGACCCGCCGAGUCGGAGCCGGAGCCGGUGUCGGAGACAGCAUGCUGGUGGCUCGCUGCGCGGUGCUCGCUGUCCUGCUGGCCACGCGUGGGGCCGUCCACGCCGACGGAGAAUGCCCCAAGUUGGAGGUGCCGGAUGGUAUGAUGACCAGGCUUCCAGGGGCCAGCAUCAACCUGACCUGCCCAGGACAUGACCCCGAAAAGCACUCUCCUGUCCACUGGAAGUUCCACAGUGACAAGGCUGCCGUGCAACUUUACAGAACUGGUCUGGAGUCGACGCUGCAUCUCAGCUCUCUGCAGCCCAACAACUCUGGAAAUUACUCCUGCUUCAGGGCCCACAAGCUGGCGGGCACUGUGAGACUGCUGGUAGAGGCACCUCCUGAGGAGCCCCAAAUCUCCUGCUUCCGGAAAAACUUUGUGAGCAAAGUCAUUUGUGAGUGGAGGCCGCAGACCAUCCCCUCUCCUGCCACUGAGGCCAAGUUACUGGUGAAGAAUAUUAGGAACAAAAACUCCAAUACUUCCCAAGCUCCAAUACAUCCAUGCUGGUAUGUCGCUGAACGGCAGACCUUCUCCUGCCAGCUGCCGGUGUCCGAGGCUGACAACUCCCUCUACUCAGUGUCCCUGUGCCUUGCCAAUACUGCCGGGAGCAGGAGGAGCAAUUCUCAGUCAUUCUAUGGGUACGAAAUAGUGCAGCCAGAUCCUCCAGCCAACGUCACGGUGACUGCAGUAGAUGGGGAUCCUCUUUGUCUCCGUGUCCUCUGGCGAGACCCUCCCUCCUGGAACUCAUAUUACUGGCUGAAGUUUGAGCUCCGCUACCGGGCAGAAAAGGAAGACACCUUUAGAAUAUGGAAGGUUCCAGAAGAACAUCAUUAUAACUGCACUAUCACAGAUGCGCUACGCGGUCUGACCCAUGUGGUGCAGAUCCGCAUGCAGGAGGAGUUCGGGAUUGGCCAGUGGAGCCAAUGGAGCCCCGAGGUCAGGGGCACCCCUUGGACAGAUCCCAAGACUAUUCAAGUGGAGACCAGAGCCCCACAGGUGGUGCGGGUACUACCAGUGACUGAGCCCAACCAUGAAAAUAUUAUUCCUGUGGACUUUUUGAACACAACGAGCCUCCCAAGACAAGAUAUCCCUCUGCCUGCAUUCCUGGUGGCUGGAGGCAGCCUGACCUUUGGGACUCUCCUCUGCAUUGGAAUCAUCCUGAGGCUCAGGAAGUCGUGGAAGCUGAAGGCCCAGAAAGAAGGCAAGACCAGCGCACAGCAGCCAUAUUCUCCGGGCCAGUACAUCCCUGGGGCUACCCUGAUACUCGUUCCCCUCAUCUCUCAUGUGAAGUCCCCCAGCAAUUUUGGACCUGAUAUCAUCUUGAGGAACAGUCAGCCGGAGUUUGAGCAGACCACGUAUGACAUCAGCAAUAGAAACUACUUCUUAUCCAGAUAGCUGGGGGGGGGGCCAUACCUUCGUGAGGCACUCAUGUUCAGCCACAGUCGCUUCUCAACCCACUUGCAUUCUAGCUCCUCAGGG